GAAUAUGCUAAUCACUGUUGCCAAUUCCUCGUUUUUACCGCGUAAUCGGGUCACAUUAACAAUGUUGACUCGACCCAAAUAAAGUGAUUUUUUUUAUUUAGCGACUGUAAUGCGGAUUUUACACACACCCUUGUAUUUUAUCCAUCGGAACGCGACUCAUUUUUCCGUUUUAACGUUUUGGGCUCGUUUUCCUCAGCGCUUGGGCGGGUUUUAUUGUGAGAACCUGGCAACCCGAGUCUCUGACAGCUGUGUAACUGGAGUCCAGCCGCAGAUAACUUUGUGAGGAGCGGAGCCGUUAACUCUCUCAAAGCGACAGGAGUUUAUCAUGGAGACCACUGUUACUUCGUUAGAAACGGCUGUCGGUGUAGUUUAAGCUGAAGCGUGUAGAUGUGUCAUCGUUAAUGAUGUUCCGUGUGUUCUCGCUGGCGGCGGCGGAGCGCGGGAGACAGAAGCGGCUGCUCGAGCUUAGUCUGGCGGGGAUCUGUGAGCUCGAGCUGCUCAAGCGACGGCACGAGGCGAUGAUCACCGGCGCGCUCGCGCUGCACGCGCCCGAACCCGAACCCGAGGCGGAAAGAGCCGAGCGGCCGAGCGACGACACGAGCUCUCCGGACGGAGCGUGGAGUCUGAUCAACAUCCUGCAGCAUCAGGUGGGAGAACUGAAGAUGGACAGCAGAUCUACUGACCGCCGAGACCACACCAGUGAUGUGUUUGUGGGCCGUGAGCUGGGCACACGUUCUCUCCACAAGCCCUGUCUGCUGGAGGGUGUCCCUGAAGACGAGACGUGGAUCUGGCAUCCCAGCGAAGACGACUCCAGACAGGCGCAGCGCACAGAGGCGUACAUCCUCGGCCUGAUCCAGCGCCGCUCGCCUCCCUCUAGACCCACUAAACCCCGCACCAGCGUGACUGUGGUCAGACACACCAGCCCUAGCCACAAAGAUCCGCCGCACGUCCCAGACGAGAGACACGCGAGGGACGAGGCCUGCUCCGUCCUCUCUCCCAGACCGGCGCUAGCUGGGAUCCGCUCCAGCAGCAGCGAAGCCGAAUCUCUUCAGCACUUCCACCAGCCCAAGCGCUCGCCCUCAUCUGAGGAGCUAGUGAAUGCACAGUACAUCCCAGCACAAGCCGCCGUGCACCGGACACACCGGACCCACCGGACCCACGCCUCUCCAAAACCCACGUCCUCUCAGUCGAGAGCCGCAGCGAAGAAGUGCCGCUUCACAGAGAACAAGAUCGCGCCGAAGAAGCCCGGACGGAAAGCCUGUCGCGCUCCGUCCGAGAACAGCCUGCGAGAGUCCAAAUACAACACAGUGGAGCGGGACGCGGUGCGCAGCGCUCCUCCUAAAACACGCCGCGGCUCGGGUCACCGCCGCUGGCGCUCCACGCUAGAACUGAGUCAGGACGAAGCCGAGACGCCUCCUGAACAGCCAAUCAGACGCUCCCGUAGACCUGGCAUCUACACCCAUCUUCAUCAUCAGCUGCAGGACGCCGGAGACUCAGAGUCCAGUCUGACCGAGGCAGACUCCCCCGGCUCCAGAUCACUGUCCUGCGACUCUGACGAGAGCAGCCGAUUGGUCUGGCCUCAGCAGCUCCGCCCACAGCUGGCCCCGCCCUCUCCACCACACCCACCGCAGCCCAAAGCCUUCGUGAAGAUCAAAGCGUCGCACGCGCUCAAGAAGAAGAUCCUGAGGUUCAGGAGCGGAUCACUCAAAGUCAUGACCACCGUAUGAACGACACGAGCUCCAGCGGAGAGACAGAAGCGGAGGAUGGAGUAGAAAUUAGAGAACUAGAAUUUAAAUGGAACCAAAUUCAAAGACAUUUUGUAUUCCGUAUUUGAUGUUUAACAUGAAACGAAAGAGAAUUUCCCUCUGGUUUUCCUCCAAAAUAAAAGCUCUAUGGUUUAGGGUUUGAAAUCAAAGAAAAUAUUUUGAUUUUAAUUUUUAAAAAAUUAUUUAUAAAAUAAUAAUUAUUUUUAUUUAAUAUUAUUUUAUAUAAUAAAACAACCAUAAAUAUUAGUAAAUAAUAUCAUUAUUUGUACUCUCAUACAAUUAAUCGUAUACAACUGUUAUAUAAAAUAAUAUUAAUUAUUAUAUAAAUUCUAAAUUAUUACAUAAAUUUUUAGCUUAUUUUGUCCCCCAGAAUGACCUAAUUUACCCCAAAAUCUUCAGAUGGAGCUCAACACUAUGAAGCUCACUGGAUCUUUAUUUCUGGAGAUCUGGUCUGUUUGUGUGGGACUCUGUGUUGAUUUUCUUUGAAUUGCUCUUCCUGUCGUCCCAGCUGAGAUCGCUGUUGAACGUCCUGUGUGUUUUAACUCUGUACAGUGAUGUUCAUCAUGAGAUCGAGGUGAUUUAGUGUUUGCCCGACUGAGAGAAACUCAACACGGCUCUGCAGAUUCACUCUUAUUGUCUUCACACACAGCACCUGCACAGAUGAAGCCAGACCAAACACUUGUAAAUACAUGUAAAUGUUGCUUGUAUUUAUGAAUGUAAUCUUUGAAUAAACACCUGC